UAAUCAUAUCUAUAUUUUCGAUUCGAAAGAGGGGGGAAGGGAGGCAGGAGGGAAAGGAAACUCGACGGAAUCGACGUUUAAUUCCGAUUCCUCUUCUUCCACAGAAGAGAAAAGAAGAGAGUAGAAGGUGUCACGCGAAAAAAUCGAAAAGUUGGCGGGAGAUUCUUGAUGAUCGCUGGCAGGAGAAGGAGGAGGAGCGGGGGGAGGGGAGAUCCAGCGAGAAACGGUAAUAGCGGCUCGGCUCGACUCGGGCGGGAGGGGGAGGAGGUGAGAGCGGGGAGGAGGGGAGGGGGGAGGGCGGCAGAGAAGCGAGGGUGGGAAAGACGGAGCGCGCGCGCGAAAAGAGGAAGAGGAGGAAGGCGGUGGAAAGGAGAUACGGGGAGCAAAGCGGCGAGAGGGUGGUUGGGCCGGCCGGCCAGUAGUGCUGUGGCGGCAAUCGCGGACGCGUAGUCCGCUUCUCGCGCUCUCGCCCCCCGACGUCAUGUUGCCAAACAACCCCCGUCGAGCAUCAUCCCCUUUCGACACGACUAUCCGGACGAGUUAGUCAGUCUCAACUACGGGGGGAGACGAGAGGAGAGAUCGGCUCUCGGAGCCAAGGACACUGGAUCAUCCUCCACCCGCCUAAUAUCAGCUGACGGAGAGGAGAAGCGGAGAGGAAAGAUGAGCCAGCGGCCCCUCGCCCGGAUGUUGGUGCUGCUUGUGUCCCUUCACCGGCUCUCCAUAUACGGGGGUAGCCAUUGGAGGCCGGGUAGGAGCGAGUCGGUGGUGAUUCCGGGGGACAUAGUGUUGGGGGGUUUGUUCCCGGUCCACGAGAAGGGGGGCGCCUCGUGCGGGCCGAACGUGUACAAUCGGGGUGUGCAGCGGCUCGAGGCGAUGCUGUUCGCCGUCGACCAGAUAAACAGGGACGAGGGUAUACUGCCCGGGAUCACGAUAGGGGUGCACAUUUUGGACACGUGCGGGCGGGACACGUACGCCCUUAACCAGAGCCUGCACUUCGUGAGGGCGUCGUUGUCGAACCUGGACAUGAGCGUGCUCGAGUGCGCGGACAGGUCGGCGCCGAGGGUGAAGAAGACGGCGAGCGCCGGCCCGAUAUUCGGCGUGAUAGGGGGCUCUUACAGUUCCGUGUCGUUGCAGGUUGCAAAUCUGCUCAGGCUGUUCCACAUACCCCAGAUCUCGCCCGCCUCGACGGCCAAGGCGCUCAGCGACAAGACCAGGUUCGACUAUUUCGCGAGGACGGUCCCACCCGACACGUUCCAAUCGAUCGCGUUGGUGGACGUGGUGAAGAGCGCCAACUGGUCCUACGUCUCGACCGUGUACUCGGAGGGCAGUUACGGCGAAUACGGGAUCGAGGUGUUCACGAGGGAGGCGACCGAGCGGAACGUGUGCAUAGCCGCGGCAGUCAAGGUGCCGAGCGCGGCGGACGAUCGCAUGUUCGACGACAUAAUCCAAAGAUUGAGCAAGAAGGCGAACGCACGGGCGGUGGUGCUGUUCACGCGCGCCGAGGACGCGAGGGGGAUCCUCGAGGCUGCGAGGAGGUCGAACCUGAGCCAGCCCUUCCAAUGGUUGGCCAGCGACGGCUGGGGCAGGCAGAUCAAGCUCGUCGAGGGCCUCGAGGAGGAGGCCGAGGGCGCCAUCACGGUCGAGCUCCAAUCCGAGAAUAUUCCCGGGUUCGAUGAGUACAUGGCCUCCCUGACCCCCGACACCAAUCGUCGAAACCCGUGGUUCAGCGAGUAUUGGGAGGAGGUGUUCGACUGCCUCCUCAAAAAGGAACGGAACGGACCAACUCAAACGACCCUCAACGCCACGACGCUCUUCUGCCCCCCCAACCUCAGACUAACUUCCGAAAGGGGUUACGAGCAAGAGUCCAAGGUCCAGUUCGUGGUGGACGCGGUGUACGCGUUCGCGUUGGCCCUCCACAACCUCCAGAGGGACGUGUGCUCGAAACUCGAGGGCCUCUGCCCCUCCAUGGCCAACUAUGACCGUGGCGUCUUCUACAGGAAUUAUCUCCUCAACGUCUCCUUCACAGACACGGCGGGAAGCGAAGUGAAGUUCGACGAGCACGGAGACGGGUUGGCGCGAUACGAGAUUCUCAACUUUCGGAAAUCGGAACACAACGGCACCAACGGUUACCAGUAUCAGGUGGUGGGGAAAUGGUUCAACUCGCUGGACAUCCGCACCGAGGAGCUGGUGUGGGCACGGGGUACCAAAGACAUACCGAUCUCUGCGUGCUCCCUACCCUGCGAGCCAGGUAUGAUAAAGAAGCAACAGGGUGACACUUGUUGCUGGGUGUGCGACCAGUGCGAGGAGUACGAGUACGUGCACGACGAGUACACCUGCAUGGACUGCGGGCCUGGCAAGUGGCCGCACGAAGACAAGAGAGGUUGCUAUCAGUUGGCGAUCAAUCACAUCAGGUGGAACAGCGCGUUCGCGAUCGCCCCUGCGGUGAUCUCGUGUCUGGGUAUCGUGGCAACUAUGGCGGUCGCGUGCCUCCUGUUCCACCACAGGGACACACCUGUGGUGAGGGCGUCCGGCCGCGAGCUGACCAUCAUCCUGCUGGCGGGAGUGCUCGUCUGCUAUUUGAACACGUUCCUCCUCUUGGCCACGCCCACCACCGUCACCUGCAUACUGCAGAGGUUCGGUGUUGGCGUGAGCUUCAGCGCGGUGUACGGGGCGCUGCUCACCAAGACGAACAGAAUCGCGAGAAUCUUCGAUUCGGCGUCGAGGACCGCGGUCAGGCCCAGGUACAUCAGUCCCGCGUCCCAGGUGUGCAUCGCGGCAGCCCUCAUCGCGUUACAGAUCGUGCUGACGUUGGUGUGGAUGAUCAUCGAGCCACCGGGCACGAGAUUCUUCUACCCGGAUCGUAAGCAGGUGAUCCUCAAGUGCAACAUCCAGGACAUGAGCUUCCUUUUCUCCCAGUUGUACAACGCGUUGCUGAUUCUGAUCUCGACCGUGUACGCGGUGAAGACGCGGAAAAUACCGGAGAACUUCAACGAGAGCAAGUUCAUCGGCUUCACCAUGUACACAACCUGCAUCAUAUGGCUGGCCUUCGUUCCGAUCUACUUUGGUACCGGGAACGCGCACGAGACACAGAUCACCACUCUCUGCGUUGCCAUCAGUCUGAGCGCGACCGUCACACUCGUUUGCCUUUACUCGCCCAAGAUAUACAUCAUCCUCUUCCAACCGGACAAAAAUAUCCGGAGGAAGGUCACCAUGGGAGAUAAGUCGAAAAAACAGGGAAGCAGCGCCGGCACCUCUUCCAUCACCAAAUACACGGGAUGCGAGUUGACCAGCGAGAGCAUGCCGCUUCAAAGCGCGCUCACGGCCGCGGUGCAGACGUCGGUAGGAGUGACAGAGAUCUCCUUGACAUCGAACGCAUCGAGCAAAACUAAUAACGAGCAAGUGGCACAGCUGUAGGGAAGCUAUAAUUCGUACUCGAGGGAGAGGGGGGCGUCCUGGCGGCCAGCCAACACUUCUCCUCCCCUCUGGACUUCCGAACGAAGGAGCACAGUGAAUAGUGCGAAUCCGUGUUAAUAAAAAGGGGGAUAGCAAUGGCGAGCUUAGAGAAACGUGUUGCGCGGCAAAAAGGAACGACGGUAAAAAUCUGCGGAGACGAGGCUUAACGAGGCCACUUCCGAUUUUUCCUUCUUUGUCCGCGCAAUUUGUUCCUACGAUACGCUGGUUCCUCGAUGUGGGGUAAGCUCAACUUCCUUCCACCGGUAGAAUCGUGUCUUUCGAUUCGACGAAUAAAAGAAGAAGAAGAGAGAUAAAAAAAGAUAAACAAUGUGUAUAUACACUUAUAGAUUUCUCUCCCGUUUUAUUACGUAUCACGCAGGUGGUGUGCGAUUAAAAGUGGUGCGUGGACUUCUUAAAUUAAGCGAACUAUUUAAAUAAAAAAAUCCGCGUUGCCUAUUAUCCAAUUACACGACACUGGAUCGUAUCUGUGUCGUCGUAAACUGUCGUCUUCGCUCGUUCAUUAUAUAUCGAGAUCACUCGAUCGUAAUUGAGAUCGCUGUUGUUAUUGUUACUGUUACAAACGGUUAUCCUCGUGAAUAAUAUAUGAACGCAACAAAGAUAUUUAUAUAUACGCCUAUGUAUUAGGUACCGUCGUAACAUGAAUGUAAUCUGGUGGCACGAGUUUGACUUAUACAUAUAUACUUCUGUGCAUAAGUGUGUGUGUAGAUAUUUGUCGGUUUUAACGAAUGACUGAUAUACAAUAUAAAUUAUUAUUAUUAUUACUAUUAUUAUUAUUAUUAUUAUUAUUAUUAUUAUUAUUAUUGUUAUUAUUAUUAUUAUUAUUAUUAUUAUUAUUAUUAUGAAACGAUGCUUGUUUAAAAUUUUAUAUUUUAUUAAAUGUGUCUAAUAAUAUCUGAUAUCUGGUAUUCCGUUGAGUAAUUUAAUUAAUUAAAAAUACUUCGAAUUGUUAACUCGUCAUAAUAUCAAGACUAAUAAUUAAAAAUAAUUAUAGAAAAAAUUUUGAAUAUUCUUCUCUUCGUGCCAUAUUCAAUAUUAUGUUAUUGUAUUUUUUGAUGCAAAUUAUAAUUAAACGGAUAUCCAUGUAUUUAUGGACGACAGAAUACAUAUUCGAACGAAUUGUAAAUUGUAAAUUGGACAUAAGGAUAAUGAUAAUGUAAAUCCAUGAGAAAAAUACGACUCGUUGUACGAGCUAAUCUGUGACCGGCAAAUGUACUUUACGAUGUUUGUAUCGUUUAUUGGUUUAACGAGCCAACUAAUUGGCACGAUUAAACCAGCGUGUUCACCCGCGUGUCGAUGAUUAAACUCGAUUACGAUUAAUAAUGACGCGACCGAAUGGAGUUUUCUCUUUCGGUAUUUAGUUCGAAACUGCGCUAAAUCGUUGGAAUGCAUGCACGAUGUGCGUUCGCGCGUAAGGGAUAAGCUCGUGCCAGAAAUUAUUCUGUCGGAAAUGGUUCGCUCGCGCAUAUGUAAUUAGCUUGUUUCGAGUGAUCGACGUUCAUUGUCCCACGUAGAUCGUUGACGAACUAUAUAUAUAUAUAUAUAUAUAUAUAUAUAUAAAGAAAAAAAAAAAAGAAAAAGGAGAAAAAUAUUUACAUUCCGUGACAUGUAUAUAUAUUAUAUACAUAUUAUUAAUAAAAUAGGAUAUUUAUCACACACGUACUUAUACAUAUACACAGAGUUAUUAUCGUUGCGCGAGAUCUCAUGUGUUCCUUCCUCGGGACGCGUAAUAAUUGCGUGAAUUUGUUAAUUUUAUUCGCGAUGCUCCGUCGAUAUUCAAAUUGCAUCUUACAACUCGAAAGAAGUUGCUAUAAUCGGGGACCGAAAUUAAAUUUUCAUUCGAAUUAUAUAUACUUCUUCGAUAUUUUUUAAUCGUCUCGAGAUUGUGAAAUAAUACGGAAUCAUUUUCAAUUACGAGAUGGAUCGUUAUUAUUCUCUUAAAUGUAUAUUAUCACGAUAUUUCUAAGGAGUUGAGCGUUUAUAAAAGUUUAUUUAUGUUGUUUCUAACAAUCGGUAAAGCGGUCGUUCGGAUCGCGAAUAACGGAAUUACCAACAGUCAAUAAAAAAGGAUCGUAAAAGAAGUGCAAUUCGAUAGUUCGCCAUGCGAAACUUUAGAACAAUAACAGGAAGAAUGUAAGGGAAGAGAAAGAGUCAGAGAGAAGUGACAAUGACAGGAGAAAAAUGAAUGGCGGAAAAUUUUGAAACUAGGCCGACUACGUGAUGGCGUAAAUUCAAUAUACACACAUACACGUGCACAUAUACAUACACACUUCUUUCAUGAAGAGUAGACAAUAAAUAAAUCGCUUUAAGGCGAACCUUUAACCUGGCUCGACCAAUAUCAGAAUUUACACUCGACUUGUUCGAUUAAAACAACAUCUUGAUCUUGUUGUCUAAGAUGGUUAGUGGAAAUAUACGAAAGUAAGAACAUGAAAGAGUGAUUUAAAACAAUCGUGACCUUGAAGAUUAUAAUUCGCUUAAAUUGCAAAGAUUGGACUGUAGUUAAAAAAAAUCGAGAUAUAAAAAAAUUAACUUGUUACAUGAACUAUUCAUACUUGAAAUUGUAAUCUUCAAUAAUUAUAAUACGCAAAUGAUUCAAAUGUACUUGUUACGAAACGCAAAAUUCGUUAUUAAAAGAAGAAGAGCGUGGGGAAACAUUAAUAUUAUGAGGAAUUAUACUUUGACGAAAUUGAAGAUCAUAUAAAAAGAUAACUUUGUAUCUUUUAUUAUAAUAUCGAGCAUUGAAAUAGAUUUGCCCCGUCAA